GUCUCGCGAAAGUGCGAGGCGGCCAUUUUUCCUCCAUUGAUUGCUGUUUGUGCUCACUGUCUAAGCAGAAAGAAAGUAACACAGAUUAAGUGGGAUUACAAGUCAUUUGGCCCAAAUGUUUGCCUGCGAUAUCGACUGAUUUCGCCUGACACACUCAGAAUGGUCACUCAAAGCGACUCCCAAAGCACGUGUUGACAGCGGAUCGCGGCUGAAUGUUCAGAUGGAAAUGGUGCCCAGCGAAGAAAAGCAGCUUGUGCCCAAAGAGAUUGAAAGUGCAGCGGAGGAACCCAGAGUGCUGUGUAUCGUGCAGGACACCACCAACUCCAAGACCGUCAAUGAAAGGCUGACGCUCAACCUGCCCGCCUCCACCACCAUCAACAAACUCUUUGAGGAUGUGGCUCACAAGGCGGGAUAUGUGAAUGGCACGUUCUGCCUAUCAUGGGCCAGCUCUGUUGAAAUGGCCCCUCUGGACCAGGCCAGUGAGGUGUCCCUGGUUUUGUCUGGAUUUGAAGCGGGGAAAAGGAACUUCCUACAGCUUAUGGACAAGGAUGGGGAGCAGCCUCAGAUAGCUUCAGAUGAGUCUGGGACGGCGGACAGCAGUGGUCUUGACGACAGCUCUCAGGACCGCUUCAUUGGACCCUUACCACGGGAUAGUACCAUGAGCUGCAGCAGCGAUUUCAGCAGCCCCAGUUACUCGUACUCCUCUAUACUCAACAAAUCAGAAACAGGUUAUGUUGGUUUGGUGAACCAAGCAAUGACCUGUUACCUAAACAGCCUCCUCCAGACCCUGUUCAUGACCCCUGAAUUCAGGAAUGCACUCUACAAUUGGGAGUUUGAGGACUCCGAGGAGGAUCCAGUCACCAGUAUCCCAUACCAGCUCCAGAGGCUGUUUGUGCUCCUGCAGACCAGUAAGAAGCGCGCCAUUGAGACCACAGACGUGACCCGCAGCUUUGGCUGGGACAGCAGUGAGGCCUGGCAGCAGCACGACGUCCAGGAGCUGUGUCGAGUCAUGUUUGAUGCACUAGAACAGAAGUGGAAACAGACUGAGCAGGCUGACCUGAUCAACCAGCUUUACCAGGGAAAGCUGAAGGACUAUGUGCGCUGUUUGGAGUGUGGCUAUGAGAGCUGGAGGAUUGACACAUAUCUGGACAUCCCUCUGGUCAUCAGGCCCUUCGGGGCAAGCCAGGCUUUUGGCAGUGUGGAAGAGGCUCUGCAGGCCUUCAUCCAGCCUGAGACUCUGGACGGGCCCAACCAGUACUUCUGUGAGCGCUGCAAAAAGAAAUGCGACGCCCGCAAGGGUCUGAGGUUCCUUCAUUUCCCAUACCUGCUGACUCUGCAGCUAAAACGCUUUGACUUUGAUUACACCACUAUGCACCGCAUUAAACUGAACGACCGCAUGACCUUCCCAGAGGAGCUGGACAUGAGCCCUUUCAUCGAUGUAGAGGAUGAGAAGUCUCCUCAGACAGAGAGCUGCACUGACAGUGGGGCAGAGAAUGAAGGAAGCUGUCACAGUGACCAGAUGAGCAAUGAUUUCUCCACAGAUGAUGGCAUGGAUGAGGGCAUCUGUCUGGACAACACCAGCAGCACAGAGAGAGUGCUCAAACCAAAGAGCUCAUUGACCUUUGAACUCUUCUCGGUCAUGGUGCAUUCUGGGAGUGCUGCAGGUGGGCACUACUAUGCCUGCAUCAAGUCCUUCAGUGACGGCCAAUGGUACAGCUUCAAUGACCAGCACGUCAGCAAGAUCACACAGGAUGACAUCAGGAAGACAUAUGGUGGAUCCUCAGGGAGCAGAGGCUAUUACUCCAGUGCCUUUGCCAGCUCUACAAAUGCAUACAUGCUCAUGUACAGACUAAAAGAGCCCUCGAGGAAUGCAAAAUUCCUGGAAGUGGAGGGUUUCCCCGAGCACAUAAAAAGACUGGUGCAGCGAGAGAAAGAGUCUGAGGAGCACGAGAAGAGACAGAGAGAGAUCGAGCGCAACACAUGCAAGAUCAAGCUUUUCUGCAUGCAUCCAGUGAAGAUGAUGAUGAUGGAGAACAAGCUAGAGGUUCACAAGGACAAAACUUUAAGAGAAGCAACAGAAAUGGCCUUCAAGCUGAUGGAUCUUGCGGGAGUAGUGCCACUGGACUGCUGUCGAUUGGUCAAGUACGAUGAGUUUCACGAAUAUCUGGAACGUUCAUACGAGGGUGAGGAGGACAUGCCUAUGGGUCUGCUGCUUGGCGGGGUCAAAUCUUCAUACAUGUUUGACCUGCUGCUGGAGAUCCGCAGGCCAGACCAGGUCUUCCAGCCCUACAAACCUGGAGAGGUGAUGGUGAAGGUCCAUGUUGUGGAUCUAAAGAGUGAGACUAUUGCUGCUCCAGUCAGUGUCAGGGCCUAUCUAAACCAGACCAUUACUGAGUUUAAGCAACUCAUUGCACAGGCAACGGAGCUUUGUGCCGAGACGAUGCGUGUCGUCUUAGAGCGCUGCUAUAAUGACCUUCGGCUUCUUUACAUGCCCAACAAGACGCUGAAGGCAGAAGGUUUCUUCAGGAGUAACAAGGUUUUCGUGGAGAGCUCUGACUCGACGGAUCAUCAGGCCACUUUCACAGACUCCCUUUUGUGGAAGCUCCUGGAUCGCCAUGGAAACACAAUCAGACUAUUUGUCUCCCUGCCUGAGCAGUCGCCAGGCACUUUGGCCAAUAGAGCUAGUUGCCCCAAAGCUAACGCUGACUCUGAGGACUCUUUUGAUGGGGCAAAGGACAGCAGGAAGUCAGUGGAGGCCAUUCUGGAGGAAAGCACGGAGAAACUGAAGAACCUUUCAUUACAACAGCAACAGCAGCAGCAUACUUCCAGCACCAGUGACAGCCAGAAGAGCUCCGAACACAGCGACUUUGAGCACAUCGAGUCACCAGCACAAGAGCCAGAGGCUGCUUCACAGCCCUCCCAAAUAGAGAACUGCACACGAGCCGCCUCUGACCCAGAAAACCAGUUCCCUUCUGAGGAACGCUCCGACUCGGAUGUCAAUAAUGACCGCAGCACCAGCUCGGUGGACAGCGAUAUCCUGAGCUCCAGUCACAGCAGUGACACCCUGUGUAAUGCAGACAGUGGCCCGCUGCCUCUGGCCAACGGCCUCGACUCACACAGCAUCACCAGCAGCCGACGCUCCAAAGCAAACGAGGGGAAAAAGGAGACGUGGGACACGGCCGAAGAGGACUCUGGCACGGACAGCGAGUAUGAUGAGAACGGGAAGAGCAAAGCUGAGGCGCAGUACCUAUAUUUUAAAGCAGAGUCACACUCGCAGGAGGACGGAUCUGGAGAAGGCCAGAAAUGUUUACUUGUCCAUGUUGAUAAGAGAAUCACACUGGCGGCAUUCAAGCAGAAUCUCGAGCCGUUUGUUGGCGUCCCUUCCACUCAGUUCAAGGUCUUCCGGGUUUACGCCAACAACCAGGAGUUUGAGAGCGUGCGGCUCAACGAGACACUCUCUUCUUUCUCAGAUGACAACAAGAUCACAAUCCGAUUAGGCCGAGCAUUGAAAAAAGGAGAAUACAGGGUGAAGGUGUACCAGCUGCUAGUCAAUGAACCAGAGCCGUGUAAGUUCCUUUUGGACACUGUGUUCGCAAAGGGCAUGACUGUUCGGCAGUCCAAGGAGGAGUUACUGCCUCAACUCAAAGACCAGUGCAAACUGGACCUCAUUAUAGACAGGUUUAGACUCAGGAAGAAGACCUGGAAGAACCCAGGCACAGUGUUUCUGGAUUACCACGUCUAUGAGGAGGACAUCAACAUCUCCAGUAACUGGGAAGUGUUCCUUGAAGUCCUUGAAGAACCGGAGCGGAUGAAGUCCAUGUCCCAGUUGGCGGUUCUGACCCGUCGUUGGUGCCCUGCCCAGAUGAAGCUCGAGCCCUUCCGAGAGGUGGUGCUGGAGAGCAGCAGUGUAGAGGAACUGAAGGAGAAGCUCAGUGAAAUGAGUGGGAUUGCUCUGGACAACCUGGAGUUUGCCAAGGGUCGAGGAACUUUUCCCUGUGACAUCUCAGUGAUGGAGAUCCAUCAGGAUUUGGACUGGAAUCCUAAAGUCUCCACUCUCAAUGUCUGGCCUCUCUACAUCUGUGAUGAUGGCGCUGUGAUCUUCUACAGGGACAACACUGAGGAGCUCAUGGAGCUGUCCGAGGAGGAGCGCAAUGAACUGAUGAAGAAAGAGAGCAGCCGGCUGCUGAAGACAGGCCACCGUGUCAGCUACUCCCCCCGUAAAGAGAAGGCCCUCAAAAUCUACCUAGAUGGAGGGCCCACCAAAGACCCUGGACAGGACUAAGGGUGGGAGGAGGAAGAGUACCUUUCCUGCCCUAUUUUCUAUCUGGCCUGCCCACUGCAGUGUAGCGCUGCCUUGCCAUGGACCAUAGCAUUUGGGCCCACGUUGAAUCAACGUCACCAGUGCUGUCCGGCUGAUGCUCUCUCUCUCCUUUGAGCACCCGAGCGCAUAGCGUGGCUCAGAGUACUAUUGUGCACCAUAGUUUAUUGUACUGUAAAGUUUAAAGGGAAGUGCUAAAGCUAUUUCAAAUUCAAAUCCAAUAUCAUUCAGAAAAAUCCAUUUAAUAAUAAGAGAUGGGUGCACUUGUAGAGGAAACGGGGCAGUUUGGGAAAUAUCGCCCAUUUAUUUCGUCUGUCUCCACAACUUGGCACUCCAUCUCCAUUGAUUUUCAUCCUGUCAUUCUGCAUUCGCUGUCUCUCCGUCAUUCACUUUAAUUUUGAGAUGUGAUCGAGUCUAUCAAGUUCUCAUGUCCUCAACGUCCAUCAUCCAGAUUCCAUUGAGUGUUAAAACACUCUUUUAACGUAACCAGCCACCUCCUAAUGCCCACAGGGGUGACGGCACUGCUCAUCUUCUAUUUCGUAGAGUUCUUCGAUCGUCUCCAGUCGUAGUAUACUUUCACUUGAAAAUGUUUGGGUGUGAUGCUAUCACUUGAAAUAUUGGGAUAGCUCUCCUUUUUUGUUUAUUUAACACAUAGUUGUGAAUUAAAUGCUUCUUUUCUGGCUGAUGAGGUUCUAUUCUUGCUGUUCAUGCUUCCCUUUAUGCGUGGGUGUGGCUGUCACUGACCACGCCCCACUGUCUGAGGAAGCUCCGCCCAGUUCUGAGGGAGCCCCACCCUCUUGCACUCACCACACUUCCUACUGGGGCUACUGACACUGGUACAUAGUUUGCAAGCCUUUAAGAGUAGGGCAGCGUGACAUACAUAGAGCGCUACAGUCACUCGUUUCGUUUUUUUGUUUUUCUUGUAAAUUAUUUCACUACAGACUGGUAAAGAUGAUGUUAGGUCUUGUGAGUGACUUUUAAUGGCACGUGUUUUAAUUUUUUUGAUCUGUACGCCCCUUUUCUUUUUCCAUUUAGAAAUGUCUCCUGUGUUUAUUUCUCAGUUUUUUUGUUUUCAUUUCUGCACAAUGUGAACAGAGCCUGUGUGAGUUCAGAUAUGAAGUGAUUGUGUGUGCAUGUGUGGAAAAGCUUCUCGCUGCUAUUUUUUUGCGUAGCUGGAAAGCAGAGGCUGCGGACGCCCCACUGGAGGAGCACCAGUGUCGAGCUAGAAUGAACCGCCAUGGGAUCCGGGGCUCCUCAUGCUUCCACAAGCUGUUCACAAUAGAAAUGCCAAUACUGAAAUAAAGAGCAACAAUCAG